AUGGGAAGGCAUCCAGGCUGCGCAAGAAUUGGAGUCCUUACACGGGGUCCACUGCAAUUUAACAUUGCUUUUUUCUUUUGCUCAAGUAAAACUGAUUUUUUAUAUAACUGUUUUGAGGCUGUGGCAUGCGCAGAGGCCGGCGUUACACUCAUAUCUCCAUUCGUCGGUCGGAUUUACGAUUGGUAUGUGGCGAAAAAAGGAAUAAGCAAAUUUCAGCGUCUUGAAGACCCAGGCGUCAUCUCGGUCACAAAAAUAUAUAACUACUACAAAAAAUUCGGAUACAAGACUCAGGUAUGCUUUGAAUCUCGGUUUCCAUCUCCGUGUUAUCAGAGAAACUAAAAAAAACGGAAAUCACCAUACAUCUUCUCUAAACUGAUAUAUCCCUAGACCCUUUAUCCAGGGCGAUUUUUUAAGGACCUAUUUGAUUUUCGAGGGUAGUGGAAGACCUUUGCAUGGGACUUUUAGAUUGGAGGGAGGGACCAUUUUUAAGCACUACUCACCUCUACGACUUCGCAUAAGUUACUGCCUUUCCUAUCAUUCGCAUUCAUCGCCAUAUACAUAUGCAUGCAUUCUUUUCUGUCUCGUUUAGGUAAUGGGUGCCUCUUUUCGAAAUGUCGAACAAAUUCUCGGUCUUACCGGGUGUGAUCUUCUCACAAUUUCUCCAAAUUUACUGGGGUCUCUAGCAUCCAUGAAUGAAACUCCCCAGGUCCAUCUAUCAGAAAAGACUGGUCAGUACUUAAGGCUUUAUAAUGUUAUAUUGCAGACAAUGACCGUACAUACUCGUGACUCUUAACGCAAACUUAAAACGUUCUUUAACCUGUACCCAUCCGCUGGCCUUUGUCUAUAGUCGUACACAUUUUGCCCUGUGAUGCUUUUGCAGCCACAUCAAACUGCCCGGAGGUGGAAAGAAUUCAUAUGGACGAGGCAACCUUCCGUUGGCAAAUGAAUGAAGAUGAGAUGGCAAACGACAAACUGUCGGAGGGCAUCCGAAAAUUCGCUGCCGAUGCUCGUCUCUUAGAAAAUCUCCUUAAGGACCGCCUAACUGUGUAA